AUGGCUAGGAAAUGGCUGCUGCUUCUCCUGGGCCUCAGGUGUCAGGCUCUACCUGCUGGCAUCGCCGGCACCCCCUUUCCUUCUCUGGCUCCGCCCAUCACACUGCUGGUGGACGGAAGGCCGCAUGUGCUGGUGGUUUGCCUGGUGCUCAAUGCAGCACCCCCUGGUCUUGACAGCCCUGUCUGGUUCUCAGCUGGCAAUGGCAGUGCACUAGACGCCUUCACCUACGGGCCCUCUCUGGCAUCGGACGGCACCUGGACUAGCUUGGCCCAGCUUUCCUUGCCCUCUGAAGAGCUGGAGACCUGGGAACCCUUGGUCUGUCACACCAGGCCUGGGGCUGGCGGCCAGGACCAGAGCACACACCCCCUCCAGCUGUCAGUGGAAGCUUCCACAGCCAGGACUUGCUUUCCGGAGCCUCUCAUGGGAACACAGCGUCAGGUACUGCGGCUGAGCCUACUGCGCCUGCUCCUCUUCAAACUGCUUCUGCUGAAUGUGCUCCUGACCUGCAGCCGCCUCUGGGCGCCAGCGUAUAAGCACCUGCACCCACCACCCUCACCUGAAUCCCUGCCUCCCACCCACUGAGUUUGGACACAGGAACGAGUCUUUGAGCUUCCAUCUUACCCACCCUUCUGAGCCCAGGGUGGGGAUGCUGGACACCACUGCUCCCUGAGGCUGGGGCGGAAAACCCAGAGCCCAGGCUGUGAGGAGACCAGCUGAGGAUGCAGCUCACCAUCCCUCCACAGUGGUCCUCUUCAAACUGGGGAGGGGUUCUUUUUGCUUUUUUCUGUGUGUGGUCUGCCUCUUUUUUCCCCCCUGCCCCAGUCUGCCCCUUCUUGUAAAUGGAGCUAUUGGAGACUGGACUCUUGCCUCUCCUAUCAGACUGAGACUUUGGGAGGAAAAGGACUGUCUCUCUGUCAGACAGGGCAGGAGGAUGCGCCUGGUAACGGUAACUGGGCACAAUA